AUGGUGCGGAAGAAAGGGGGCAAAGCCAGUGAGAAGAUGAUUGCCCGAGUUCAGGAGAGAGAUCCUGGACUUCAUGACAAAUGUGGUCUGGCCCCAUUCAUUGAUAUCUGUCACAGUAACAAACUUGUCUUAGACUUGAUUGGCAUUAGUAAGAACUUAACAGAUACUGUAAAUUGAGUGUAACAUGCUGUAUUUUCCCUGCAGCACCAUCAUCGCCCUAGUUAUCACAGCAGGAGGAGCACCCAGUGUCCUCUGUCCUCAUCCCCAGCACCAAGGACUUUAAGGAGGACAUUCUUCAGAGAAAGGGUCAUGAGGUUCGAGCUCUACUUGGUUGUCAAAGUGGUUCUCCAAACAUUUAUUAUCUGUGUACUGUACAUGUAUCGGUUUUCUGAGUGCACCAAUAGAAUUGCCAGCUUCUGAGUUUAUAGUUCUCCUAUUACACUAAUGAGCUUGCUUAUGAACCCCCAGGGGUUCCUCUGUCAGUGUCACAGAUUAGGAAAUAAAGUAAUUUGUGUUACUCUAAAUUCAAAACCGGAGAGCAACAGCUGUCCGGUGGAGCCCACAAAGCACGUAACAAACAGUGACAUGACCUACAAUAUGGUCAAUCAAGUCAAUGUUUCCGACAUUUUCGUAUUACUAAACAACUAGUGAUUUAGAACACCGGAGAGUUACCGCAAGUCGCAAAGAAAACAGGAGCUGCCUCCACUACUCCAACACCAUUUCAGCUUCAAUAUUUCAACUACCUGGCUAAAAUGCUUGCUCGCUAGCCUAACUGCCUUUCAUGGGCAACGAUAAGCCAGCUAGUUAACAUUAGCCUACUACAUCUAGCUACAUAUUGAACUUCCAUCCUCUCAGGCCAGGGGCACAAUGUAUGAAUUUAUGGUUGGAUCAGAAUUGCCGUUAUAAUCAUUGGCCAGUACGGAGAAUUAAUUAAAGCCACAAGUCCAAAUUCCUAUCUCCAUCCAUGGCUAAUUUUGGAAAAGGCCAAUUUUAGCUAGCUAGCUAGCCACCGGAGUAGAACAACUUAAUGAGAUGCAACAAUUCAACAUUUGUCUGUCUGUAGAUAGGUUUCCAUCCAAUUUGCAACACAUUUUCAUGCAAAUAUUCUAAAAUCUGAAUAAAACAAUAUGCUAAUUUUCCCAUGAGAUAUGUGUUUCCAUCAAACGUACUUUUUGCGAAUAAAAGGCUAUGAGUGAUGAAAUUGUGCACAUAAAAAUAUGUUGUGCCGUAAAAUGUCCAUGUUAUACAGCAAAUGUGCCCACUCUGGUCUUGGUAUGAGCGCACUAGCCAACAUGUCGCAGAUACAGUGUUACCACAUUGAGAUUAUUAUGGAUAAGAACGAUAUUAUUUGUAUUUGUCAAAUGGCAGCCAAUCAUUGAUCACUAUGUCACCAGAAUGAGACACUAUAUUUAUUGGGAAGGAGCAUCAAGCUCAUCACCUUGCACAUUCACCACCCUGUGAAGUUCAUCAUACCUUAUUUGAUCUGUAGCCUAAUAAACAACAUGCUUUCUCGAGUCUUAGUGGGAGAACCACACAACAUAUCAUUGUGUGACUCCAAGUUUACUUCGAUUUGAUGGUUAUUAUAUCUAUAUUUGCACAUCAAGGCAUUUCCACCGCAAUUUCUCACAGAAUUCAUUUUACUGACACAAAAGGAUCCUACCAUGUCGAACGAACAAAUUGUCUGUCGGCAUUUAUAAAUUUGUACCGGCAUUUCAUGUUUCCAUCAGCCCGGUCGUGACUUUUUCAUGCGUCAGGUAAUUCAUCUGUAUGAAAUGGUUGGAUGGAAACCUGGUUAAUGACCAUUCACAGUUGAGCUCACUCAGUUUAGCCCAACGCUGAUUGGCUAUUAUUAUAAAUGCUCAUUGGCUUCCCUUGCAUUCAAUGCUAUGGGCGGCAACAAUAUCAUACUCUUUUUGACCUGACAGCAUCAGAUAUAUGGGCUACACAUACAGAGACAGAGGGGUGCUGUUUCGCUUGCUCGGAUGCUUUCUCCGGUGAGAUACAUUCAGCUUCUUGAGAAUUGAAGGACAAUUAUGAAACGCGACGAAUGAUCAAUUAUUUUAUAUGUUUAUUUUCUUUUUUUCUUGGUCAGAUGUUUUGGGAUGCCUGGCUUCCCUUGGCAUCCAUGAAUACGCGCCACUUUCCAAUACAAGUUAGUGUAUCCUAAACCUGAAGUUUUCCUCAUCAACAUCUUCACACACCUGAACACAGAGAAUGGCAAAUCCCUGAUUAACAACUUCAAAGUCAUCCUCAUUCAGGUCUGCAGGGGAGGUGAGUGAGCUCAAAAGUGUGUUUCCAAAAUAUAUUUAAACCUUUUGUACUGACUUUAAUUUGAGUAGAAUGCCUCCAUAUUAAAGAGGAUUUGCAAGUUGUUUCAGGCAAGGACGGUUCUGUUUGGGUCAGUGACGUAGUGCCUGGGCCCAGCAGUGACCUGGGGUUAGAGAGUGACUCAAUCAGCAGGGAGCACAAAAAUAAGGACUUAAUCUCCCUUCUGUCCUGCACACCAGGUUAGUGGGUCAUAUUAACACAUUCUCAAGCAAUAUAUUGUUUGUAAAUGACUUUGAGUAAACCCUCAUUAUAUUCCCACCACCUUCAGAUAAUGUAUCCUACAGAAAUAAACAGAUGUGCACCUUUUUUGUUCGGUGCAUCAUGGAGACAUUCAACACCUAUGCC